CUGAGAAAAGCGAGUGAAAGAGUGGACAUAGGGCGAACGAGAGCAGUAGAUGUGGGGAAGCGUUUAAAAAACCGAGAGCUUCACGGGAGAGAGACAGAGACAAGACAGACAGCAGUUACUUGAGGAAAGUAAGCGGGCACUGAAGUGUGUUUCUGUGUGUGUGUGUGUGUGUGUGUGUGUGCGUGUGUGUGUGUGGUGCAGCAUCGCGCUGGGCUGCUUGGAUAUCCAUCUCCAUCUGGGUGCCAUCUGUGCCUCUGGCUUUGGCCUCCCCUACACUGAAGCUCACAUAUGUGGGAACGCAAACACAUGCCUGACAUAUGAAGGAGUGAAGUCACAGAGAAAGAGAGAAAGAGAGAAAGAGAGGGGGGGAUAGGAAAACAUCACACUAAACCCCACCAAGAACGCCGACUUUAUUUAUAAGGAACAAAGAGAGGACUCUGCUAGAGUGGAGACAGCAGAGAGAAGAAGAGCCCUGCCAUGCCCGGCUCUCCUGUGGAUGUUAAGACUCAUUCCAGAUCGGCCCCCAGCAGCAGCAGCGCCACCUCCGCCAUGCCUCCCCUGCCCUCCGUCAACCCCAGUGGGCCCCGGCCAGCCUCCUUCUCCACCACAGCUUUGACCAAUGGGAACCAUCACUCUCCUCCCACCCUGAACGCAGUACCAUCUCCGCCUCAGCGCUACAGCAACGGCCCUUCCUCUUCCUCUUCCUCGUCACUGGCCAACCAGCAGCUGCCGGCCACCUGCGGCGCACGCCAGCUGAGCAAGCUCAAACGUUUUCUGACCACGCUGCAACAGUUUGGCAACGACAUCUCCCCCGAGAUCGGAGAGAGUGUACGAAGCCUGGUCCUGGCCCUCGUGAAUUCCACAGUGACCAUCGAGGAGUUCCACUCUCGCCUUCAGGAGGCCACAAACUUCCCGCUACGGCCCUUCGUGAUCCCCUUCCUCAAGGCCAACUUGCCCCUGCUGCAGAGGGAGCUGCUCCAUUGUGCGCGGGCGGCCAAGCAGACGCCAGCUCAGUAUCUGUCCCAACAUGAGCACCUCCUGCUCAGCACCACUCUCGCCUCCCCGCCCGACUCCUCGGAGCUCCUGAUGGAGCCUGGCGACGCCCCAGCCAAAAGACACAGCCCCUGCAGGGCCAAAGAGAACGGCUUCCACGAGCGUCCCGCUGCAGCCCUAGAGCCUGCCGCCAAAAGGAUCUGUACCAUCAGCCCUGCCCCCCGACAUAGCCCCGCCCACCCCCUACCGCUGAGCGCCCAGCUCCACCCGACCCCUCCCCCCCUGCAGCACUACGCCCUGGAUGACAUCGCGGCUCCCCACAUCCUCCACCGUGAGCACAGCCAGCGCAUGCUGGAGCUCCGCGAGCUGAAAGACAGACCCAGGCUGCCCGGCACUAACGGGGGCUACCGCGAGGAGCCGGUGGACCACAGACUGACAGACAGAGAGUGGGCUGAUGAAUGGAGGCAUCUGGAUCAUGUGCUGAACUGCAUCGUGGACAUGGUGGAAAAGACGCGGAGGUCAGUGAGCGUGCUCAGAAGGUGCCAGGAGUCAGACCGUGAGGAGCUCAACUACUGGAGGCGGCGUUCCAGUGAGCAGGAGGACCCACGGAAAGGAGGCGCUGGCUCCGCCCCCUUCUCAAAGACACACAGUCCCCACUCCGUCGACUCUGAUUCCCAGAGAGACUUUGCCGCACGGCCAAGCUCAGCUUACGUGCCAGAUGAGAUCUGGAGGAAAGCCGAAGAGGCGGUGAAUGAGGUGAAACGUCAGGCCAUGGACGAGGUGCAGAAGGCGGUGGCCGAGGCGGAGCAGAAAGCCUUCGAGAUGAUCGCUGCCGAGAGAGCCAAGAUGGAGAAGACCCUCGCUGAGGCCAAGAGGAAGGCCCAAGAGGAUGCCAUCAUGGUCAUCAAUGAGCAGGAGGACUCCAGCGAGUGCUGCUGGAAUUGCGGUCGGAAGGCCAGCGAGACGUGCAGCGGCUGCAAUGCCGCCCGCUACUGCGGGUCCUUCUGUCAGCACAAAGACUGGGAGAGACACCACCUCAUCUGCAGCCCGGGGCUCCAGGCCCAGCCCAAACCUGUGUCUGCCAUCACUGCCGCCAGGGCUGCCGCCGUCACCACGGCAACAACAGCAGCAGGAGCACCCGCCGGUGUCUCCCCUUCGGGCUUUCUUGGAGCAGUCAAGGCCCCUGACAGCGUCCCCUCGAGCUGCAGCCCGGGUGGGGACAAGGCCUCCAUCGCGUCCCGCGCCUCCACCCCCUCCACCCCCGCCUCAGCACCGGAGACAAAUGGACACUAGCUGGAAGCACACUGACCAAACACAGAUCAGGGCCGACAUCCACUCCUCCGCCUGACCUUUGACAUCAGGGACAAGUGCGUCCGUAUGGAAUGUGUUAGGGAAGCCUUGCACGUAACUGACAUGAAAUCAGCGGCGAGAGGGAAAUUAUUUGUGAGUUGCAUUGGGCCAGACAGAUUUUUCCAUCAUGCUGUUUGGCAGACAUAAAGAAAACAGGAGGACAGAUUAUGGAUGUCCAAGCGAUAUGUCAACGGGGAUUUUGGCUUUGGCGAAGCAGCAGAAGAAGGAGGAGGAGGAGAGGGACUCAUCUCGAACACAUCCGUUAUCCGUUGGAUGAGCAGAUCUCCCUAACAGAUGGAAACCGGUUUAUCUUUGUCCAAAAUCCCAUAUUGUGGAUCUUCGAGAGGGUGGAAAAAAGGAAAAGAAAGAGAAAAACUCAUUAACUGACUAUUGAUCUUAUUUUAUUUUUUCUCCGGUUGGGGGUUGAAAGAAGUUAUGAGAGGAAGGCUUAUGAAAGAAGGGCUUUGGGUUUUCUCUUUUCCUUUUUCAACACACAAGUGGCAGCCUCCCUCCAGUUUGUUGUCUAUGGAUGAGAAACGUCAGUGGACGGUGUCAGUAGUUUAACAGUAACUGUCCCAUAGAAGGAAAUGGAAGACGGAAAGAGACACCACAUUGAAGAGAUUUGACUGCAGCUCUGUGUAUAAAACAAAGGAGACAAAAAUCUCCCCCUCUACGUUUUCGUCAGGUGUCCAUUUGUGCAAACGCGUGUUUAAAAAGAAAAAAAGAAAAGAAAAAAAAAACAGCCGUGCCGUCCAUCAGUAAUCGUAAAAGCUUAUGAACCACUUUGUCGGAGCAAUAUUAAUAUUCAAGUGUUCAGGUAUCACAAGUCUUUUUUUUUUCUUUUCUUUUUUUUCCUGCAUCACCAAAGUUUGAAGCGAGUCUCUUGUAGCCUGUUACUGUUGAGUCUAAUUAUACUCUUAAUUAUCCCACGUCAACUAACUUAAUGACGCUCCCUUGUCUCUAUCCUCCUCUGAGUCCCUGUCUGUCGUCAGUAUCUUUCCACCAAACAAUGGAGAGAUGAGCGAUGGUCGGAUGGAGGGAUGAUUUGGUUGGGAACUCGUUUCUGUAAUUAAAAACAUCCUUGGUCCAUGUCGGCGUCCAGCGUUUUGCUUCUUUUGGGGUUUUCCACAUCUUUCAUUUCACCACAACAAUGAACAGCUGAAGAACUGAAACCCUGUGACACCGGGGCCCUUACAGGAAGGGCCGGGAGCCGAUAUGAGGUGAGUCGGGUUCAACUGUGAUGGCGGUUUGGCAGCGACUCUGUCCCAUUUUAAAAAAAUCUCAGGAGGUAAAAGAGUGUGUACAGGUCAUUUUUGUCUUUUUUUCUUUUCUGUCAGGCGUUUAGUGAGGCUCGAGUUAUCAUACUCUGCUGUUACCGUCAAAACCUUCUGCUUAUUUCGUCGUUUCGUAUCGUCGUUGAGAUGUGUCUGUAAAGAAUAUUAUGAGAGAACACCUUUAUUUUGUGAGUCACCCACUUUUCUUUCUUUUUUUCCCCUUUUUUUGCCCUUUUUCAAAAACAGGAUCUUUUGUCAUGAGACAUGUCUUCAUAUGAAAAGAUAUCUUGAUAUGAGCUAUGAAAUAAAGAAAUAGACUUAC